UCGCUCGGGUUUCACGUCGCCAUUUUGUUACGUUCCAGUGCGGACACGGAGUCGUGGACAGUCUAUUUUCUUCAUUAGAAUAUAUGGUUUCUAUUUUAAUCUGAUAACUGGUAAUUAACUAUAAAACACAUGUUGUUUGCUUGUUUCUCACGUUUCUGUGUUACAAAAAUCAGCAUCCGAGUUGUAGCUUAUACGUACUCGCGUGAGGGGUGGACGGUUAGGCCUCUGCGCGUCUUUAGCAUGAGCUAGCCUGUUUUUAAACAUCUCUUAUGCUGUUUUAAACGUCGCCUAUGUCCUUUAAAACGGCCAGCCUGUUGGAGAUCGGUUAUAUCAUUUAUAAUAUUGUCUCUCCAUCCUGCUGUACUGUGGAGAUCAGGGGCAUAGUGGGUCAUUCACCGACACAAACGCGUUGUUUUCUAUAUAUUCGGUCUCUUCACUGACGGGUCUACCAAGUCUGAUGACAACAUUACGCUCGUUAAUGUUUAUCAGAAAAAUGUUUUAUACGAAUAAGGUUCUGAUUGUUGACGAGAACUGAGUUUUUUUAGUCCAGGAUCUCUGCCAGUAUUUCUUGGUCUUGUUCAGUAAGUUACGUGAUCAGUUGUGGGGAACCACCACAGUUUUCUCUAACAUUGAAUACAAAAUCUGUUCAAAUGGAAGUCACUACUUUUAGGGACUUUUUUAAUGUUAAGAAUGUAUUUGCUGUAGGUCUUUCAAAUAUGAUGGGUAAAUAUAAAGACCACUUUUCUGAAAGUAAAAAGUUAAAAAAAACGUUUAUGUGUUCAACAUAAAUAAAUCAGGCUUUCGCAUUCUAGGGAUGGGUUACAACUUGAAAUGUUUCUACUGUUGUGGUGUACCUAAUGUUGAAAGUUACCAAUGUUGAAAAUGUGCAAAUUGUGUGUCCUCAUAACCACCCUUUUCAGUUCCUGGCGAGGGGUUUGUCUUAUUCGUAGGUUUUUUAAACCUGCUUCAUCUCCCUUUGAUGGGAUCUCUGGAUCUGGAUACAGUUCCCCUGUGAAAGUAGCUUCCCUGAAGAUUUUUGUUUCAAAUUUUUGUAGUCCUCAAAACCAUCACCAAAGGCCGAUUCAACCCAAUUUAGGGAUAUAUUCUGAUCUCACCCAAUGCAACCAAGUGUUUACCUACUCUACCCCUGCCAUUCCCUAGCCUAAGAGGAGGCUGAAGGAUUUUUUUCUCUGCUUUGAGUUUUCCCCAAUAUUUUUUUUGCCACUCCCGUUUCCAUAUUCUUGGAUCCCAUCCAGAAAUUUUUUCUUUUUAAAAGAUUCUGGCACUUUCUGGCCCCCUCACCAAUUUAUUCAUUUAGUUCCCUCCAUUACAAAAAAAGCAAAAAAAAAAACCAACACACACAAGGACAUUGCACAACCCCAUCGGUAAUGUUUAGCAGGUCCGCUGGAGAUAAAGGUGUCUCGGAUGGUCCUCAGAAGGGUGUCGUAGGACGACAAGUCUCUCUAGCCACCUACUCUCUCUCCCUCUUAUCUCAUGGAUCAAGUGUUCCUUCAGGACAUCGUUUGAUCAAGGAGACUCCUGUAUGAAGUUCACCCAGAAGGGAGACCAGCCCUUCAGAUACGGACCCUACCGCUGAACAGGGAAAGAAUUCCAUCCGCCUGCGAAGAAGUCCACCAGCCCGAACAUGACCAAUCACGGAGAUGACUGCUACUUCUACUAUUACUCGACCUGCACCAAAGGAGACAGCUGCCCGUUCAGACAUUGUGAGGCUGCCAUGGGGAACGAGACCGUAUGCAACCUGUGGCAGGAGGGCCGCUGCUUCCGCAUGGUCUGCAAGUUCCGUCACAUGGAGAUCCAGAAAAACCGGAAAGAGAUUGCAUGUUAUUGGGAAAACCAGCCCGCCGGCUGCCAAAAGACACACUGCGUCUUCUACCAUGAAAAACAGCGGCUCAUUGACGGCGUCGUAGUCCCACCAAGUAGAGGUCCCAAGGCGGAGGAACCACAGCAUGAAGAACCAGCUCCUCCGCCCACACCUCUCCCCGCGCCCAACCCCCAGCUCAGAGGGGUGCUGAAGGCGGAGGCUCAGGAGACGGUCCCCAGCCCCACCCACCCCCCGGUGGUCAUCAACCCGGCGGACGACGACGAGGACGAGGACGACCAGUUCUCAGAAGAGGGAGAGGAUGGCAAGUACUGCCCAGGAAACAGGCUGACCUCGCCCAGGAAACUGUCUGGAGCCUCCAAUCAAAUGCCAUUUCUGAACUUUGGUGUGAGCACCCUGGAGGAGAUCCGGCUGAGGAAGGCCCUGAAGGCUAGCAUGAAGACUGGUUAUCCUGUCCAGGGCCCCGACGGGGCCCAGCUGAAGAGCCACCGGGCCAACAGAGAGAACCAUCGCUUCCACGAUCACCCAGUCGGCUUCCAAGCCAGAGAGGACCCAGUUUACUGUGGAGAAACCGAAAGAAACGACAUUAGUGAUCGGCUUGGAAAGACAAUGCUAAACAAAGACGGCUUGUUCUGGAGCAGCCACCAAGGAAACGUAGCCUGGCUGACCGCCUGGGGAGGGUGGUCGGGGACGAGGAGCAAACUGGGCAGCACCCUAGAAACGGCCUCAAGCCCAUCAGAGAACGGCUUGGUUUUCAAGCCGACGCAGAAGCUCCGGUGUGGCCAGGUAAUGUUUAUUGUGUACAUUAUGCACCUGUUAAGUGAAGCCACCCAGCAGAUCCGCAUUAAAACCCUGGAGGAGAUCCGGCAGGAGAAGGCGUCCAAAGCUCAGAACAAGAGAGCGUCUUCCUGCUUCGGCUCUGGGCUCCAACGCCGCCAGAAACCACAAGCCAAAGGAGAGCAGCUGGAGCCAGACCGCGCUCCCAGUCCUGGCAGGGCGAGCCCGGCCUCCCAGAGACCCUCCGCCAAGGCCAGGGGCCCACCGUCUCCUCCUGGGGCCGACCUGAGGGUGAAGACGCUGGAGGAGAUCCGGCAGGAAAGGGCUGCGCGCCUCCAGGCUCAGCAGGCCAGGGGAGCUGAAGACACCAAGAGCCCCAUUGCAGACGCCGGAGAAGAUCCCACUAAGAAGCCCGGGCUGCCGUGCCUCAAUAAGGCUCAGGUACCCAGUGCAGUGGAGUCCUCAACACCAUCAGGCGGCACACAGACUAAGAAAAACCCUGAGGCCAAAGAAAAGCCGGUUGCAUCUACCACCUCCAGCGCUGAGGUCAACACAGCUUCACGAAACGGGGUCAAGGUCAAGACCUUUGAGGAGAUCAUGCGGGAGAAACGUCUUCGCAAGCAAGAGCUGGAGGAGCAGGCCUCCUCCUCACCGUGCCCGUCUCCGGGCAGCACAGACCCCGAGCCCCCCCAGAAACCUUCCCCCGUCCCCGCCGUCAAGAAGACGCUUCCCAUCAAAAGCCAUGACGCCCCGGCCCACAGCCACACCCCCCUCCGCCGUGAAGUCCAAAUCCAAGGCUGUUUCACCUUCUGUGCCCAGCCCAUCUACUGCAGCACCCACCCCCACCUCCCCACCCCAGCCCCCCCGACAGACGCUGCUCCCCAGAGCCCACACCACGUCAGCAACACCGCCGCCACCGGCCAGGGACUGAACAGCUGCUCCACCCUCACACACGUUAAACAAACCAAGAGGAUGGCGUCCCAGCACAAGACCCCUGGGCAAAGCGCAGAGAUAAAAGUGAGGCCCAAAUUGAACGUGAAGCCGUCGGUAAUGAAGCAUGCCACUCAGGUCAGGCCGGGCCAUAAGAGAAAAUUGGCAGUGCGAUCUGCAGUCGCUGAAGUGAAACCUCUGAACAGCGCCUCCACAGGAGCGGAGGAGCAACUGCAGGAGCCGCAAUGCAAACAGAGAGCGAUAUCGCCCACUAAGGGCGAGUCCCAGCCCAGGCCUGCAGCGCCCCAGAGCCCAGGGCUCAGCAGCAGCCUGGCCAAAGAGGAGCUCCAGACCGUCCCCACCUUCCACCACCCCCCGCUACAGGACCUCCCCCCCAGCCCCGUCACCAUGGCUGACCGGGCUGCCGACGCAGCCGCCAUGGAGUCCUGCACCAUCCCCCAGAGCCCGGUGAUGAAGACUCUAACCCAGGUCAAGCCCCGGAGGACCAGCUUGGUGGCGUCGCGGGUCUCCAACGUCUCCAGCUCCUCCGCCGUGGACGACUUUGAUGAGCUGAUGAACGAGUUCACUGACGACCACCUGGGCGAGGACAUGGACCCGGGCAUGGGCGAGGACGACCUGUUACAGGAGCUGUCGGAAAUGAUCGACAGCUGAAGCUCAGAAAAGUAUGACCGCAGCCCCCCUACCCUGACCGCCGUCUGUGUGCUGGGGCUCUGGAGGGGCCUGUAAGGUUUCAGUCAAACCUUACAACCUUUAAGUCAAGCAGAAAUAGUUCAACUAUAUUGGAUUUCAGCAAAUCGAAUAUAGAAAUUUGUUUUGAAACCUGCUCUCAUAUAAAGCACGCCCCUUUUUGAAGUGGGAUUUAUAUUAGAUUCCGAAAAACAAAGGAGGUUUCUGUACAUGGCUUUUAUCUUUGAACAUCCAUGUCAAUGUGAUGGCCUUGCGUCCGACGCUGUGAUGUGUCCAAGGUCUUCAGGCCGGGGUCAUCCGGGAGUGUGAGUGAGGAGUUGUUCCAGAUGAGCCACCUCCAUGUGUAUACUGUGUAUGCAAAGAUAGAUGAAUAGCUGCACUUACUGUAGACCAUCCUCUAUUGUUGCUGCCUGCCUCUCCUAUUAUUUAUCUCACUAGAUUGGUUAAAUGUCAAACUAUGCAUCGUCCUGUUCAAACACUAACAUUACUCAAAUGUGGAGCUUUUCUAGAUCAUUUGAAUAACGUGAUUUUAAUGGAGAUGUAGAUACUAAAGGGGAACUGUCACAUUUUGUCUUAUUUCCAAGUGCUUUUUAUUGACAGUUUAUUGAUAACCUUUAUCUGUAUAUUCUGACUAUGUUUUGUCUUAUUUUAAGUUGCGGAUUCUUCAAAAUAAAACGUAUGUUGGCCUACGAUCAUGUUUGAGCCAUUCAUCUAGUAAUUAUGUUCUCCUAUGACCGUAUCGACAACAACUCAGGGACGCUUUCUUCUGUUUGAAUUAGAUGCUUGUUAAUAACUUCAGUGAAACCCUUACAAUUUGACCUGCUUGUUAAUAAUUUCUUCCCUUUGUUAGUUUCAGAAUUUUGCUUAAAUGUUUGCACAAUUAGAGUCAUUUUACUUUAAGAUUGCUGUUCGGUUACUUGUGUAUGUGGCUUUAUGAAUAAAAAAUGUUUUAAUCACGAAA